ACUUCAAGUCGCUGGCGUCGUGGCUCCACACUCGCAGCACGGGCUGAGCUCACGGGCUACCAAAGCGAACCGCGUGCGGCCACCACAGUCGAAGAAGGAAGAGUCGUACAGUUUGGAGAAAGCAACGGACCGUCGUCGUUGGCAGCCGGCAGCUGCAGUAUCCAUGCAACCUGCGUCGUGCUGCUCAACUUGAGCUGCACAUGUCCAUGUGACGACGACCUCUGCCAACAGUAGGGACGGUGGAAGCAUGCUGCGUCCGCCCGACAAAGCCACGACGGGGUCGUGGGGUGGGCCCUCUACUGCUGCGCACACCAACUAAGAUUAACACUUCCUGGUGCAUGCUCUGUGGGUGGGCGCCUCAAUAAGUCUGGUCCCACCUUCUACCUCGCACAAGAUAUGUCGGCGGUGAAAUGCAUAUUUGCUACUGGUUUUCACGACGUAGAUGGAGAGCUACCUUCGCGAACGGACGCCGGCCGGCGCCGAUCAUCCCCGACGUCGUCCUCGGACCAACGUCGUUCAUCAGCUCCUUGCCCGCGAGAGGUCCGGCGGGCCGCGGGGGCUGCGACCGCUGGCGCGAAGGGCGUGGGCACUGCGCGACGUCGCGCUUCUCGAGGAGCAGGCGGUGGUCUUGGGCUUUAGCAGCGACGGGCUCUUCUUGCUGUAUUACGCGUACUGGGGCCAGGAGCUACGCCUCUUCUGGCGCGCCUUUGAACCGUCGGACGAAAGCGUCGUGCCCGUGGCCAUCGCCGUGCGCACGAGCGUCGGGCCAUGGGCACCGCUUGCUGCGACUGCCGAGCUACCCAACGCAGCCGGGCUCUCGCUCGACGACCGCGAGCUGCACGUGUGGCAGAGUCUUUGCGAGCAGAUCGUCGUCGCGAUCGCGUGCUCGCCGCAUCCCAACGCGCCGUGGUUCCUGACGCUCACACCGGCGCCGCUGCAGGCGUCGUCGCCGACGCUCCGGGCCGUCUCGAGUCUCCGCCUUCGAUUGGCAACGCCCCAUGCUCCAAAGUACGCGUGGACCUUCCUCGGAGGCGGCUGCAACCAGCUGCUGUUGCACCUCGGGUCGACCCUCGUCGUGGUGGGGCUCGCGCACAACGGCGCCGAAGCGCCCACACCGACGAUGGCCCCGUGGUAUGCGCCCUCCGAGUACGCGCUCGACAUGGUCGUGCUGAUUGAGCCCACGUCGUUUCCAAAAGCGUCUCGUACGCUGGGCGUUCAGGCGGUCUAUCAAUGGACGUUCGACAUUGAGACGUUCUUGCGCACAUGGCUCGACAGCGUCCCCGCCCUCGCACCGCGCCUACUUCUCGACUAUGCGGUUGCUCUCCUUGACAAGACGCCUUUGAUCGCGUUAGGCAGCUGCUACAUGGCCUGCGUGCUUGACGUAGCGCUGCCACGGACGCGGCUCGCACUCUUCAUCUACUGGAACACGGUCAGCGGCGCCCAUGACGUCCUCCGCGUCCUCCAGCGACCACCUGCUGGCGACGUGCGCAGCAGUCUGCCGUCGGUGCGCGACAGCUUCCAGACGCACUUGGCCAGGCACGAGCCCGUAGCGCCCCCAACAGAUUGGUGCUACUGGUCCAACGCGAGCGUCUUACGUCGGGCGUCGCUCCAUACGCUGUCCAACGCGGUCUUUCCCUUUGACAUUCAACUCUGCUCCUAACAUAUCCUUGUACGUGGUGUAUGGGCUGUCAGGUGUCACAAACAAGACAGAAAAGGGUCGUUCUUACGCAGCCACACGUGUCACGAAGAGCGGGCCGAGCACGAGGACCGUCGUCGAGAGAAGCUUGAUGACGACGUGCAGCGCGGGCCCCGCCGUGUCCUUGAACGGAUCACCGACCGUGUCGCCCGUCACCGCAGCCUUGUGGGCCUCCGAGCCCUUCCCGCCAUGGUGGCCAAGCUCGACGUACUUUUUCGCAUUGUCCCACGCGCCACCGACGUUGUCGAGGAAGAGCGCCAUCAUGAUGCCCGUGACCGUGCCAAACAUGAGGUACCCCGCGAGGACUUCGGCGCCAAGCAGCGGCUUGUUUUGCAACGCGCGUACGACGCGGAAGACGAGACCGACGGCGACGGGCAUGAGCACGGCGAGGAGGCCUGGGAGGCGCAUCUGCUUGAGUGCCGCCUUUGUCACGAGCGCGACGCACGUCCGGUAGUCGGGCUUUUGCUUGUACUCCAUGAUGCCGGGGUAGAGCGCAAACUGCCGCCGGACUUCAAGCACGACCUCGCCUGCCGUGUCGCCGACGGCCGCGACCGCGAGACCCGUAAAGAAGAAGACCAUCAUGGUGCCGAGGAGGCCGCCGACAAGGACUUCGACGGUCGCAAUGUCGACAGUCUUGAAGGGUACGCCAGCAAACGCCGAGAACUCGUCCAUAAAGGCACCAAAGAGCACAAAGCACGCAAGGGCCGCCGACCCGAUCGAGUACCUACACCAUAUAUCCUUUGUCAUCGCAUCCCAAGUCCUGUCAGCGUGACAUACCCUUUCGUGAUGGCCUUCGUGACGUUGCCGGCGGCGU